AUGAGGCUACUGUUCCUUCUGUUUCUCUUCCUUGUGUGUCUUGUCCAGAUGACAUCAGGUAAGGGGCGAUUCCUCGAAUGUGAAAAAAUGGGUGGUGUCUGCAAGCACCAAAAAACCCACGGAUGCUCCAUCCUGCCUGCAGAAUGUAGAAGUCGGAACAAACAUUGCUGUCGCCUCUAG